GCAGUGCAGCCACUCAGCUGAUGCACUCAUAGCUGAACCAAGCCCGGCUGUUUUUAUGUUUUUCUUUUGUCGUUAAAUCCAUUCUUUAAAAGGAGGUGGUUGGAUCGGUUCCCUCUGCUGCCAAGGAAACUUCCUGCUCAAACCAUAAGCUCCUGCUGACUGUCUUUUGUUUUUUUUUUAAGAGGAAAGAAGCAACGGGGGGAGAUUUGGGAGACUUGAGUUGUGCUGUGGGGAUGUGAGAAGAGAGAGAGAAAAAGAGAGAGAUGCUCCACCAGCAUCUCUGAAUCCCCCUCCUCUCCCUUCUACUUGUACCCCCCUAAUACCUUCUGUCUAGCCGAUGCUCUCCUUAUUUCAAUAACACGCUCCUUCAGUUGACAAAGGCGUUUUUUGGGGACUCUCUGCAGCCAGGAAUCAUGUCACAGACUAGAAGAAGCACAUAUAGCCGGACCACCAGCAGUGGCAGCAGCAGGAUGAGCUCUGAUGGAGGAGGGAGGCCCGCUAAAGUGGGCUCCCUGGUGGAGGUUAUCGGCAAGGGGCAGCGGGGCACGGUGGCCUACAUCGGAACCACGCUGUUCGCCUCCGGAAAGUGGGUGGGCGUCAUCCUGGAUGAACCCAAGGGCAAGAAUGACGGAACGGUGCAGGGCAAGCGGUACUUUACUUGUGAGGAGAACCACGGCAUCUUUGUCAGACAAUCACAGAUCCAGCUGGUGGACGAUGGAGCGGACACAUCUCCAGAGACACCUGAGCCAACCGUUGGCAAGGUCCCCAAACGAGAGAUCGUGGAGAUGUCCAAGUCUGCCAAACUGCGAGGACUGAAGCCCAGAAAGGUGCUGCAUGUUUCCCUAAACUCGACCCCUACAACCCGGAAGAUCACGGCCAGAAGGCCCAAGCAACCCAGCCGGCCUGCAGGUGGCGGUGGGAAGGGGGCCGCAUCCGGCUCAGCAUCGGCGUCCGCUGGCGAGAUGAGCAGCAGCGAGCCCAGCACGCCGGCUCAGACGCCUCUGGCAGCUCCGGUCAUCCCUACCCUCCACUCACCAGGGAACCCGCCGCCUCCCGUUCCCAGCAAGGAGGAGGAGGCCCUGCGUGCUCAGGUGAAGGAUCUGGACGAGAAGCUUGAGACGCUGAAGAUGAAACGAACAGAGGACAAAGCCAAACUAAAGGAGCUGGAGAAGCACAAGAUCCAGCUGGAGCAGCUGCAGGAGUGGAAGACCAAGAUGCAGGAGCAGCAGGCAGAGCUGCAGAAGCAGCUCAAGGAGGCAAAAAGGGAGGCUAAAGAAGCCAUGGAGGCAAAGGAGCGGUACAUGGAGGAGAUGUCGGACACGGCCGACGCCAUCGAGAUGGCGACUCUGGAUAAGGAGAUGGCAGAGGAGCGAGCCGAGUCCUUGCAGCUGGAGGUCGACUCCCUGAAGGAGAGAGUGGAGGAGCUCACCAUGGACCUGGAGAUCCUCAAGCAUGAGAUUGAAGAAAAAGGUUCAGACGGCGCUGCCUCCAGUUAUCAUGUGAAACAGCUGGAAGAGCAGAACGGCCGGCUAAAGGAAGCUUUGGUCCGGAUGCGAGACCUGUCUGCAUCAGAGAAGCAGGAACAUGUAAAGCUGCAGAAGCAGAUGGAGAAAAAAAACAUGGAGCUUGAUUCUCUGAGGGGGCAGAAGGAAAAACUGCAGGAAGAGAUGACAGCAGCAGAGAAGACUAUUGAUGAGCUGAAGGAACAGGUGGAUGCAGCUUUGGGGGCGGAGGAGAUGGUGGAGACUCUGACAGAGAGAAACCUGGAUCUGGAGGAGAAAGUCCGAGAGCUGAGAGAGACGGUCACAGACCUGGAAGCUAUAAAUGAGAUGAACGAUGAGCUGCAGGAGAACGCUAGAGAAACAGAGCUGGAGCUCAGAGAGAUGCUGGACCUGGGCGCAGCCAGAGUCCGUGAGGCUGAGAAACGAGUCGAGGCGGCGCAGGAGACUGUGGCAGAUUACCAGCAGACCAUCAAGAAGUACAGAGAGCUGACAGCUCACCUGCAGGAGGUGAACAGAGAGCUAACCAGCCAACAGGAGGCCUCAGCAGAGCUUCAGCAGCAGCCGCCAGCAGAAAUGUUUGAUUUCAAGAUUAAGUUUGCAGAAACAAAAGCUUAUGCCAAGGCCAUUGAGAUGGAGCUGAGGAAGAUGGAGGUGGCUCAGGCCAACAGGCACGUGUCUCUUCUGACUUCCUUUAUGCCUGAAUCCUUCCUUCGUCAUGGUGGAGACCAUGACUGCAUCCUGGUCCUGCUGCUCAUCCCAAGACUCAUCCACAAGGCUGAGCUGAUAAGCAAACAGGCGCAGGAGAAGUUUGACCUGAAUGAAAACUGUGUGGAGCGGGUCGGCCUGAAGGGAGCCGUCGGUGAGCAGCUGAGCUUCGCCGGCGGCCUCGUCUACUCCCUCAGUCUGCUGCAAGCUACUCUCCACAAAUAUGAACAAGCUUUGUCUCAGUGCAGUGUAGAUGUCUACAAGAAGGUGGGCUCUCUAUACCCGGAGAUGAGCGUUCAUGAACGAUCUCUGGAUUCCCUCAUCGACCUUCUGCACAAAGACCAGCUGGACGAGACGGUCAAUGUGGAACCACUCACCAAGGCCAUCAAAUACUAUCAGCAUCUGUACAGCAUCCAUCUGGCAGAUCAGAAUGAGGAGUGCACUAUGCAGCUGGCUGAUCACAUCAGAUUUACCCAGAGUGCCUUGGACUGCAUGGCGGUAGAGGUUGGUCGGCUGCGGGCGUUCCUGCAUGCAGGUCAGGAGAAGGCCGACCUCGCCGUGCUGCUGAAGGACUUGGAGACAUCCUGCAGCGACAUCAGGCAGUUCUGUAAGAAGAUUCGCCGCAGAAUGCCCGGAACAGAUGCACCCGGUAUCCCUGCCGCGCUUAACUUUGGACAACAGGUGUCCGACACACUCUCCGACUGCAGGAAACACCUGACAUGGGUUGUGGCAGUGCUGCAAGAAGUAGCUGCCGCUGGAGCUCAGAUGAUUACUCCUCUUAGCGAACAGGAUGGCCUGGCGGCAGUUAAACUGGAGGAUGUGGCGUUCAAGGCUGCAGAACAGAUCUAUGGAUCUCAGGGUGCUAAUCCCUACGAGUGUCUGCGACAAUCCUGUAGCAUUGUCAUAGCAACCAUGAAUAAAAUGGCUACUGCCAUGCAGGAGGGAGAAUAUGACUCAGACAAGCCCCAAAGCAAGAACCCCCCACCCGUGGAUGUACGUGCUGGAGCACUUCGAGCAGAAAUCACAGAUGCAGAAGGUCUGGGCUUGAAGCUGGAGGACAGAGAGACGGUUAUUAAAGAGCUAAAGAAGUCUCUAAAGAUCAAGGGAGAAGAGCUGAGUGAGGCAAACAUCCGUCUCAGCCUGCUGGAAAAGAAGCUGGACAGCUCGUCCAAAGACGCAGACGAACGCGUGGAGAAGAUCCAGACUCGCCUGGACGAGGCGCAGACACUGCUGAAGAAGAAGGAGAAGGAGUUUGAGGAGACCAUGGAUGCUCUGCAGGCGGACAUCGACCAGCUCGAGUCCGAGAAGAUGGAACUGAAGCAGCGAAUCAGCAGUCAGUCAAAGAUGAGCUCUGACGGACUGAGGGGGAGCGGCCCGUCUGGAAUCGCUUCGAUUGUCUCAGGAAUAUCUGGAGAAGAACAAAAAGCCAACAUGAUGGCAGGAGUCGGCUCCGGUUCCGGCGCUCAGGUGAUCGACUCUCCUCUGUUGACGAAGCAAAUUGAAGCUCAGAGGCUCUGCAUCAAACACCUGAAGAACGAGAACAACAGGCUGAAGGCUGAGAAGAUGCGUACUCAGCUCGCCUCUCUGCCGUCGCUCAACGUGACCAAACUUCCUUCCAAGGAAGGACGACCUGAAGUGCUCUCUAGUGCCCUCUACCGCAAGACCGACCAGCUCCUGGAGACCUUGCUCCAGAUGAGUGCAAAUGUCAAGGUGGUGGAUAUCACUGGGAAGUCGCCAGUGACCCCUAGUGCUCAGCUCCUGGAACAGACAGCGCGUCUUCAGUCCCUGAGAGAGACUCUGGACAAACUGAAGGGUGAGGUAGCAGAGCAUGUCGUCAACCUGCAGCCUGGAGCUAGAGUCUCAUCAGACUUUGCAACGUUCCCUUCAACCUCCUUUGUUAAGGCAACCGAAGAGAAACACUCGGACACAGUGUUGGUCGGUCGAGUUAUGGUGCCGUGUCCUCGGGGUCAGGAGCGGGUCCACCGUCUGGUUCUGUCCCAAUCCCAGCUGCAGAGAGUCCACAGUCUCCUGCAGACCUAGAUGUUGCUUUUUGUGGCACCAUAAAUGGCUAAACAAGUAAAAUCAAGAGGGAUUUAAAGCAUCAAAUGGAAGAUAUGCUAGCAGCUCUGUAGUUAAGAUCUCAGCACACCUGCAGUUUAUUUCUGUAAAGACAUCAGGCUUCCGUUUCACGAUGCAUGUUUACUGAACCUCUGUUUCAGUCACCGUAGUAACAGUCUCCCCAGAGAUAACCUGGUUGGGAGCAGGUUUUUUUUCCAGUAAAUUUAGAGUGUCCUCAGUCUCUGCUCUCCUUAAAACCAAUCGCAUUGUUUAUUUCCAAGUUUAAUCAGAUUUUUUUGGGAUUUUUGUGCAUAAAGAAAGUAACUCACUACAGUAGGUCCGUUAGACACAUUAGGUUUUAAAAACAAACAUUGCAUAUUCGUUUGAUGAGAAUCUUAUUAAAGAAUAAUUAGCAUCUUUUUACAGUGAAUGAAUAUUUAUGGGGAGAGGAUUCUACAGCUCAGUUGACACAAAAUGAGAUUUAUUUAUUUUUAUUUAUUUUACAGUACAUGAAGAACUACUGAAAUAAUUUUCAGGUUACACAUAAAUGGAUAAUUCAGUGGGGUGAAAAGGAAUUAAGGGUUAGGAUUAGGAUUCACUUGAUGAUAACAACCCAAUGAGCCUACUGGCACAAUCAGAAGCCAUUCUAUGGAACUGAUAGCCGCUAAUUACGACCAUUUAUUGGGAUGAUAACAUCCGAAGCAGCUGACACAGACACUUGCUGUGUAAUGUAAAACAGAAUCAAACUUAAGAACCCCAUGCUGUCCAGAUGAUUUCACCUAAAUAGAUACAUUGAUCUACUACCAUUCAAGAAAUAAACCUGUAAUAUUGUCGCAGUUACAGCAGACUGUGGUAAGCCGUUCUGAUAUAUAUUAGUUUUACUGAAUAUGCAUUCCUAAUAUCUGAAAAAAAAAA